AUGGGUUCCACAGAAGACCUUGAGUAUCCUCAAGUCAUCUUGCAAUACAGCAGUGGAUUUUUAGUCUCAAAGGUUAUGUUCACUGCCUGUGAGUUGGGGGUGUUUGAUCUUCUACUGGAGUCAGGAAAGCCUCUGUCUUCAGAUGCCAUUGCUGCUCACUUGGGUACCAGCACCACAGGGAUGGAAAGAUUGCUGGAUGCCUGUGUGGGAUUGAAGCUCUUGGAAGUAGAGCUGACUCGAGAAGGAGCCCUCUACAGAAACACAGAAAUUUCCAACAUCUACCUUACAAAAUCAAGUCCCAAGUCUCAGUAUCACAUUAUGAUGUAUUACUCCAACACAGUCUACUUGUGCUGGCACUACUUGGCUGAUGCUGUGAGGGAAGGAAGAAACCAAUAUGAUAGAGCUUUUGGCAUUUCAUCUGCAGACCCUUUUGGAGCAAUGUACAGAUCAGAAGAAGAAAUGCUGAAAUUCAUGGCUGGUCAAAACUCAGUAUGGAGCAUAUGUGGCAGAGAUGUUCUUUCUGCAUUUGAUCUUUCUCCUUUCAAGCAGAUCUAUGACCUAGGAGGAGGUGGAGGAGCUUUGGCCCGGGAGUGUGUUUCUCUGUAUCCAGAUUCCAAAGUGACAAUUUAUGACCUGCCACAAGUUGUGCAAGUGGCCAAAGAACAAUUUGUUCCCCCUGAGGAGUGUCGGAUUGCUUUCCAUGAAGGAGACUUCUUUAAUGAUUUGAUUCCAGAGGCUGAACUGUAUAUUUUAUCCAAGAUACUGCAUGAUUGGGAUGAUGACAAAUGCAGGCAACUGCUGACAAAAGUCUACAGGGCUUGCAAACCUGGUGGUGGAGUGCUGCUGGUUGAGUCACUUCUGAAUGAAGACAGAAGUGGGCCUUUAGAAACCCAACUCUAUUCCAUGAAUAUGUUGGUGCAGACAGAAGGAAAAGAGCGAACAGCAGCAGAGUACAGCAAGCUCCUUGAGGCAGCUGGCUUUGGAGGGGUUCAAGUCAAGAGGACUGGAAAACUGUAUGAUGCUGUGUUAGGCAGGAAAUAAUAGUACCUCUUAUAUACUGAACCACACCAAAUAAGUGGAGAAAUGUGGCAUUCUCUUCUUAAAGGAGAAUCACCAGCUUAGCUUUUAGUUAAGGUGAUCAACUUUUGGUAAGCUGAUACAGUGUCAGGAGAAUCACUAAUGAUAGUUCUUGAGUGUGCAGGAAUUGUGAGUCUUGAAGCCUGACUAGGGCUUGCCUCUGGAUCUGGGAGAGAAAGAAAUCAACACCUUUUCCACAAGAAAUAACCCACAGUAGAAACGCGCAGUAUGUCCACUUUUGGAUUUUUUCAUUCUUUCAAUUUUAACACUGUAUC